CGAUUUUGUUGGAGCAGGUUGACAGACAGCCAUGGGGAAGAUAACAUUUAAAAUCAAUGGAUUGCAGUAUUCAGUGGGAUGCGAGGUGAGCUCGGACGUGACGCUGCUGGACUACCUGCGGCUGUACGCAGGGCUGCGUGGCACCAAGUACAUGUGUCGCGAGGGUGGCUGCGGAGCAUGCAUCGUCAGCGUACACCAACCUGCUGGAACAACUUAUGCCGUCAACUCGUGCAUGAAACCCGUGACAUCAUGCCAUGGACUGGAGAUCACCACCAUCGAGGGUUUGGGUAACAGACUAAAAGGCUACCAUGAACUGCAGACGACAUUGGCAAACGAUCAUGGUUCUCAAUGUGGAUACUGCUCUCCGGCUUGGGUUAUGUCGAUGAACAGCUUGCUUCAAUCCAAUCCUGACAUCACAAUGUUGGAAAUAGAGAAAUCAUUAUCCAGCAACGUUUGCCGUUGUACUGGUUAUAGACCUAUUCUGGAAGCAUUUAGGAAAUUCGCCUCUGAUGCUCCAAGACAAAUUAAGCUACCAGACAUAGAAGAUCUCAAAAUUUGUAACAAAACUGGAGAAAAAUGUGAUAAAAGCAAUUGUGAGGAUAGUGAGUGGUGCUUUGUAGAACAACAAGUUGACAAAGAUGAUAUUAUUGAGAUAAAAUUAAAAGAUAAAAGGCUUUGGUAUCGAGUAAACAAAGUCAAAGAUAUAUUCACAAUACUUGGAAAAAAAGGUGACGAGUCCUACAUGCUGGUAGCUGGGAAUACUGCAAGAGGAGUAUAUCCCAUAGAUGAGUUCCCUCAGGUCCUUAUAGACAUAAGUGGAGUCCAGGAACUGAAAGGGUACUCACUCGAUCAGAACUUGAUUGUGAACGCUGGUACCACGCUUACGGAGUUCUUGCAGAUACUAAAAACUGUAGCUAAAGAAGAAUACUUUGGAUAUCUGCAGACGAUAUAUAAUCAUAUUGAGAAAGUUGCACAUGUUGCUGUGAGAAAUGUGGCAUCGAUAGCAGGGAACUUGAUGAUUAAGAAUCAGCACAACUGGUUCGCUUCGGAUAUCUACUUACUAUUAGAAACAAUUGGAGCACAAGUUACAAUACAGAAGAAUAUGAACGCGAAGCAGACGCUGACGAUGCAGCAGUUUCUGAAGGUUAAUAUGAGGGGAUAUGUCAUUUGGAACAUCAUGAUGCCACCUUUGUGUAACAGCAAACAUCUAGUUAUGUUUAAGGUUAUGCCUCGCUCGCAGAACUCACAUGCUUAUGUAAAUGCGGGUUUUUUGUAUAAUUUAUCAACUGAUAAUGUAGUGAAAUGUGCAAGAAUGGUAUUCGGAGCUCUCUCUCCUACAAAUGCUAAGUCUAAUUUCAGUCGCGCCAGUGCCACCGAAAAAUUUUUGGUCGGAAAGAAGCUUUUUACCAAUGAAACACUCACAUCAGCAAUAAAAAUAUUGGAACAAGAGUUGGUGGUUGAAUAUAAUCCACCAGAUCCUUCAGUCGAGUAUAAAAAGAACGUUGCUAUAGGUUUAUUUUACAAAAGUCUACUAACACUUUCUCCGGAAACAAAUCUUAAUACCCGAUACAAAUCUGGAGCUAUCAAUUUGCACGAUACACGCCCAGUGUCUAAGGCUACUCAGAUAUUUGAAACUAACCGAUCAGUGUGGCCGGUGACACAACCUAUUGCGAAAGUAGAAGCUUUGAUUCAAUGUGCAGGAGAGGCUUUUUAUACCGAAGACUGGCCCAACAUACCGAAUGAAGUUUUUUGUUCUCUAGCACUUAGCACAGUAGGCGUGGGUGAUAUCGUAUCCAUCGAUGCAAGCGAAGCCUUGGCUUAUCCUGGAGUGAUAGCUUUCUACACCGCAAAAGACAUUCCUGGAAUCAAUUCUUUUACACCAACAGAUUCAUUUUUAUAUUCAAAGUCUGAAGAAGUUUUAGCAUCAACCUCAGUGAAGUAUUUCAAUCAGCCAAUCGGUAUAAUAGUAGCUGAAACCCGUUACAUUGCUGAUAGAGCUGCUAAAUUAGUGAAAGCAACAUAUACAAAUGUUAGAGAGCCAGUCUUAGAUGUAAGACAGACUAUAGGUGAUUCAAGUAGAAGUACUCUAUUUACUCAAGUGGAAGCUACUGAUAGAGGUACAGAUGAAGUGAGAGUAAUUAGAGGAGCUAAUUCAAUUUAUUCUCAAUACCAUUUUACUAUGGAAACACUGACAACGGUAGUUUUACCUUCUGACGAUGGUCUUGAUGUGUACUGUGCAUCGCAAUGGAUGGAAGGAGCACAGUUGAUGAUUUCACGAGCUUUAAACAUGCAGCAAAAUAGCAUUGAUGUACAUACUCGACGUAUUGGUGGUGGCUACGGGCUUAAAUUAUCUCGUAGUAUUCAAGGUGCCAUUGCUGCAGCACUAACUGUGAAGAAACUCAACAGACCAUGUCGAUUCAUCCAGUCGUUGACUACUAAUAUGAGAGCCGUAGGCAAGAGACUGCCUUGCUACUCAGACUUUGAGGCUGGCGUGAAUAGUUCAGGAGAAAUUCAAUACAUUAAUUCUAGGGUAUUUGAAGACAAUGGAUACGAAACAAACGAACUGCUGAUUUUGCUUGGUGUUGGAGAAUUUAACAACGCUUACAACAGGGCUCGCUGGAAUUAUACAAGUUAUGAUAAUAUAACGGAUACGGCUAAAAAUACAUGGACGAGAGCACCAGGUACUUUGGAACAUAUAGCCAUGGCUGAACUAGUGAUGGAACAAAUCUCUUAUGAAAUGAAUCUAGAUCCUUUAGAUGUCAGGCUAGCCAACUUAGAUGCCAAAUACAGAAACGAUAUGAGAGAAAUGGUGGACAACAUUAUUGUACGGUCCGAUUAUGUCAAAAGGCGAGAGCUUGUCAAUCAAUUCAAUGCAGCAAACAGAUGGAAAAAGAGAGGUUUAAGGUUCGCUUUUCUUCGUUGGACUCCAGUCGGAGGAGUAAACUUUUACAUCAAUUUGUCAGUUUUUCGAGGAGACGGUACUGUAGUUAUAACCCAUGGUGCUAUUGAAAUGGGACAAGGAAUUAAUACAAAAGCCGUCCAAGUUGCAGCUUAUCUUCUGAACAUUCCUGUUGAGAAAAUUCUAGUUAAGGAAAACAAUACUGUGAUAGCUCCAAAUUCAUAUUUAUCUGGUGGCAGCGUUAUGAAUUAUAAUGUUAUUGUUGGAGUGUCAAGAGCUUGCAAACAACUUUUAAAUAGGUUGCAACCAAUCAGAGAUCAAAUGGAUAAUCCUACGUGGGAAGACUUAAUUACAAAAGCGUACAAUGAUAACGUGGACCUACAAGCUCAUGGGUUUACGACUACGGACGAGGAUUAUCCAUAUGAUGUUUAUGGAGUAGCAUUAGCAGAAGUGGAAUUAGAUGUGUUAACAGGAGAGUUUGAACUACUGAGAGUGGAUCUCUGUGAAGAUGUCGGGCAGAGUGUUAGUCCUGAAAUCGACAUUGGUCAAGUGGAAGGAGCAUUCAUAAUGGGCAUGGGUUAUUGGACGAGUGAACACUUGGUCUACGCUCCAACAGGUGAACUCCUGACUAAUCGUACUUGGAACUAUCACGUACCACUAGCCAGGGAUAUUCCUCAAGAUUGGAGAGUAUACUUUAGGAAGAAUUCCUACACGGAGGAUAUAAUUUUUGGCACUAAGUGUAUUGGAGAGCCACCAAUGUGUAUGGCUGUCGUUGUUGCAUUUGCCUUGAGAGAAGCUAUUGUAGCAGCUAGACUAGAGUCGGGGAUUCCAACCACACAAUGGUAUCAAGAGGAUGGGCCCUACACUGUGGAAAGAAAUCAUUUAUUAACAUCGACAAAUCCUGCAGACUUCAAAUUUAAUUAA